GAGGAAGAGGAGGAGUUGGGCUGCACCUGAAAUGCGCGUCAUUACUCGGGAGCACGGGCUGGGCUGGUGAUGGCUGUGUGUGCCGAGGGUCUGUGGCUGCGCGGAAAAUGAUGAAACAUUCCAGCAUUCACAGGUGAGGAAGCAGAGGGAGAUGUAGAUCGACCCAUAACUCCAAACCUGAGGCUGCAAAGUGGUGGCAAAACUAGGGGGGAGAAACCUGCCGGCUCCUCAGCCCGCUGCCCCUCUGCAGUCUUGAAAAAUGGCACCAGCUGCUCCCAGAGAAGCAGGAGUAUGGAGACAAACCCGAGCUCUCCUGUUCAAGAACUGUCUUAUUAAGGGUAGGACUAAGAAAAGCAGUGUCCAGGAGGUCCUUUUCCCUCUGUUUUUCCUGUUUUGGCUCAUCCUGAUGAGCAUGAUGCACCCACACAGGAAGUACGACGAGGUGGCCAACACCAACCUGGGCACCCUGGACGCCUCCCAGCUGGUGAACUUCAUCGUUGGGUACACGCCACCCACCCAGAUGGCACGAGAAAUCAUGAAGAAAGUGGCCUUUGAUAACUUUGAGGAUAGCAUCAUCACUGAGGAGUAUUUGAGUGAGGAGGAGCUGCAAGAGGCCAGCGCUCUCAAACCCUCCAACUUCGUGGGGGUCGUGUUCAAGGAUUCCAUGUCCUACCAGCUGAGGUUCCACGACUCCAUCGCCAUGUCCUCCAUUUAUAUGGAAUCCAGAGCCAGCUGCUCCAACCUGCGGAAGGGCUGUGAGUCCGUGACCUACUGGAGCUCGGGAUUCACGGCGCUCCAGGCCUGUAUUGAUGCUGCCAUUAUACAGCUGAAGACGAAUCAGUCGGUUUGGGAGCAGCUUGAGCUGACGAGAGCAGUGGUUAUGGGAGAGGCUGCUGUGGUGGAAAUAGAUAAUUUCCCCCGUGCAAUCAUUUUAAUUUACCUGGUGAUUGCCUUCUCCCCGUUUGGGUAUUAUUUGGCAAUUCAUAUUGUGGCAGAGAAGGAGAGGAAGUUGAAGGAAUUCCUGAAAAUACUGGGACUCCACGACACUGCCUUCUGGCUUUCCUGGGUGCUGCUCUACGUGAGUCUGAUUUUUGUCAUGUCCAUUCUCAUGGCAGUGAUCGCCACGGCCUCUUCCCUCUUUCCUCAGAGCAGUGCCUUUGUGAUAUUUCUCCUUUUUUUCCUGUAUGGAGUCUCCUCAGUUUUCUUCGCCCUUAUGCUGACACCUCUGUUUAAAAAGUCAAAGCACGUGGGGAUAGUGGAGUUCUUGGCCACGCUGGCUUUUGGGUUUGUGGGCCUUAAUAUUGUCCUGCUGGAGGAUUUCCCCAAAUCUUUCGUGUGGUUUCUCAGCCCUUUGUGUCAGUGCAGCUUCUUGAUCGGCGUCGCGCAGGUCAUGCAUCUGGAAGAUUAUGAAGAUGGGGCAACAUUUGCAAAUAUAAAUGACGGUCCUUACCCGCUCUGUAUCUCUCUUAUUCUGUUGGUGCUGGACAGCAUCUUUUACCUGCUUGUAGCUGUGUACCUUGACCAGGUUAUCCCAGGGGAGUUCGGGCUGCGCCGUGCCCCGUUUUUCUUCAUGAAACCCUCGUUCUGGUCCAAGCACAGGAAGAAUUACAGGGAGCUGUACGAGAGCAGCGUCAACGGCAGCUUGAGCUUCAGCGAGAUCGUGGAGCCCAUGCCUUCGGAAUUCCAGGGGAAGGAAGCCAUCAGAAUCAGCUGUGUUCAGAAAACAUUCAGGAAAAAGGGGGAAACUGUGGAGGCUCUCAGAAAUUUGUCCUUUGACAUCUACGAGGGUCAGAUCACGGCUCUGCUGGGGCACAGCGGCACCGGGAAGACGACGCUGAUGAACAUCCUCUGCGGGCUGUGCCCACCCACGGACGGGUUUGUGUCUGUCUACGGGCACAGAGUGUCGGAGAUCGACGAGAUGCUGGAAGUGCGGCAGAUAACGGGGGUGUGCCCUCAGUCUGACAUACACUUCGAUAUUUUAACUGUGGAGGAGAAUCUCUCCCUGUUUGCUGCCAUUAAGGGGAUCCCUCAGAAUGAUUUGAUUCAGGAAGUGCAGAAGGUGUUGUUGGAUUUGGAGAUGCAGCCCAUCAGAGACAAUCAAGCUAAAAAACUAAGUGGGGGGCAGAAGAGGAGGCUGUCAGUGGGAAUUGCUGUUCUUGGGAACCCCAAGGUUCUGCUGCUGGACGAGCCCACGGCCGGGAUGGAUCCGUGCUCGCGUCACAUCGUCUGGAACCUCCUGAGGAACAGGAAAGCCAACGGUGUGACCGUGUUCAGCACCCACUUCAUGGACGAGGCAGAUAUCCUGGCUGAUCGCAAAGCCGUGAUUUCUCAAGGGAUGUUGAAGUGCCUCGGGUCUUCUCUCUUUCUCAAAAGCAAGUGGGGCAUUGGCUACCGCUUGAGCAUGCACAUCGAUGCCUAUUGCAACACGGAAGCCACAACCUCUCUGAUCAGGCAGCACAUCCCUGCAGCCACCCUGAUCCAGCAGAACGAUGAGCAGCUCGUGUACACCCUCCCUCUCAAGGACAUGGACAAAUUUGCAGGCUUGUUUUCUGACCUGGAUACCCACUCCCACCUGGGUGUUAUCACCUACGGCGUGUCCAUGACCACGCUGGAGGAUGUCUACCUGAAGCUGGAAGUUGAGGCAGAGAUCGACCAAGCAGAUUACAGCGUGUUCCACUCCCAGCAAGUGCAGGAGGAGAUGGAUAACAAAUCCCUGGAUGACAUGGAGCAGAGCCUGCUGAUGCUGUCGGAGACAAAGGCACCAGCCAUGAGCAACACAGCCCUGUGGAAGAAGCAGGUUUCCACCAUAGCCAAAGUGCAUUUCCUUACCCUGAAGAGGGAAAAUAAAUGUGUGAGAGUUAUGUUGUUGCUUUUUCUGAUAUUUCUUGUCGUUCAGAUUUUAUUGUUUUUCAUACACCACAUCAUCAAAAAUUCUGUAGCUGCUAUCAAACUUUCCCCAGAUUUGUACUUGCUGAAGCCUGGAGAGAACUAUCACAAGUACAGGAGUCGGCUCCUGCUGCAGAACUCCACAGAAUCGGAUAUCGAUGACAUUGUCCACUCCCUUGGGAGCAUGAACAUCCUCUGGGAGAUGUUCAAUGACAGUGAUUAUGUCUCAGCUGCACCUCACAGUGCAGCUUUAAACGUGCAAGCCCUUGAAUCCAGACAGAAUUAUGUUUUCACCAUCGUAUUCAACAGCACCAUGGUGCACUCCCUGCCAGUGUUGAUGAAUAUUGUCAGCAAUCUCCUGCUGCGCAGCCUAAACGUGACUGAGAGCAUCCAGAUCUGGAGCAACCCCUUCAUUCAGAACCUUCCAGACACGAUCUUCAGGCUGGAGAUCUACUUUGAAGCUGUGUUGCUGGGGAUCAUCAUCACUGGAAUGCCGCCCUAUUUUGCCAUGGACAAUGCGGAAAACCAUAAGAUCAAGGCCUACACACAGCUGAAGAUUGCAGGGCUCUAUCCCUCUGCUUACUGGACUGGCCAAGCCAUCGUCGACCUCCCUCUGUUCUUCUCCAUCCUCAUCCUGAUGAUUGGGAGCCUCUUUGCCUUCCACUACGGAGUUUAUUUCUAUGUGGGCAAGUUCCUGGCUGUGAUUUUUUGCCUGAUUGGUUACGUCCCCUCAGUCGUGCUCUUCACUUACGUGGUCUCCUUCACCUUUAGAAAAGUCCAGAACACAAAGGAAUUUUGGUCAUUUAUAUUUUCAGUGACAGCCUUGCUCUGCACAGUUGUCACUGAAGUGGCCUUUUUUCUGGACUAUUACCUGGUAACCACCAUCCUGCAUUAUGUCUUCUCCAUCUUCAUUCCUAUUUAUCCCCUUAUUGGCUGUCUGAUUUGUUUUAUAAAGGUCUCCUGGAAAGGCAAACGGAAGAGUGGGGGAUACUACGACCCGUGGGACCGGCUGCUGGUGGCAGUUCUGGCUCCCUACUUGCAGUGUGUCGUGUGGCUCUUCCUGCUGAGGUACUUCGAGCUGAAGAACGGGGGGAGGACGGUCAGAGAGGAUCCCUUUUUCAGAAAAUGCUUCACAAAAGCCAGAACCUGGAAGUUCCCAGACGUGCCACACGAGGAGAACGAGGAUGAAGAUGUGAGGGCGGAGAGGCUGCGAGUCAAAGAGAUCCUGAGCAGCCCCAAAAGCGAGGAGAUGCCAGCAAUCCUGGUCAGCAGCUUGCACAAGGAGUUUGAUGAAAGGAAGGAAUUCCUUCUGGGCAGAAAAAUAAAGAAAGUGGCAACAAAACACGUUUCUCUCUGCGUAAAAAAAGGAGAAAUACUGGGUUUGUUGGGACCCAAUGGAGCCGGGAAAAGCACGUUGAUUAAUAUGCUCGUUGGAGAGAUUGAACCCACCAGUGGGCAAGUUCUAAUGGGAGAUUAUUCUUUGGGGCUGAGCAGUGAAGAUGACUCAGUGAAAUUUGUGGGGUACUGUCCUCAGACGAACCCGCUCUGGCCAGAUAUUACACUGCAGGAACACUUUGAAAUUUAUGGUGCUAUCAAAGGAAUGAGUCAGUCUGAUGUUAAGGAAGUCGUCAAACGCAUCACGAGCGCCCUGGAUUUGAAGGAUCACCUGCAGAAGACGACGAAGAAGUUGGGUGUGGGGCUGAAACGCAAGCUGUGCUUUGCCCUCAGUAUGCUGGGGAACCCUCGGGUCACGCUGCUGGAUGAACCGUCCACCGGGAUGGAUCCGAAAGCCAAGCAGCACAUGUGGAGGGCAAUUCGAGCAGCCUUUAAAAACAAGGAGAGAGCAGCAAUCCUGACCACUCACUACAUGGAGGAGGCAGAUGCUGUGUGUGACCGUGUGGCCAUCCUGGUGUCUGGGCAGCUCAGAUGUAUAGGUACUGUCCAACACCUGAAGAGUAAGUUUGGCAGAGGAUACUUCUUGGAGAUGAAAUUAAAAGAGACAGCAGAUGUGCAGCAGGUGGAGUAUCUGCAGAGCCAGAUCUUGCACAUCUUCCCCAACGCCAACCGCCAGGAAAGUUUUGCUUCUAUUUUGGCCUAUAAGAUUCCUAAAGAAGAUGUACAGUCGCUUUCACAUUCUUUUUCCAAGCUGGAAGAAGUAAAACACACCUUUAACAUCGAGGACUACAGCUUCUCUCAGGCAACACUGGAACAGGUGUUUGUGGAGCUGGCUAAGGAGCAGGAGGAGGAGGACAGCAGCUUUGGCACCCUGAACAGCACGUUGUGGUGGGAGAGGACGCAGGAGGACCGAGUCAUCUUCUGAGCUCCUCGUGUCCAGAUCUGCUCAGAAGCUCCUGUUGGUGCCAGCAGUGAUCCCCUGCACACACGCUGGGGCACGUGCCUGGAAAACAUGGGAGCUGGGAAGGACGAGGAGAACCGUGUUUGGAAGCCCCGAGCGUGUCCCACCAUCCUGGCCUUAGGAACAAACGCCACAGCCGCGGCGUGAGCGUCCCCAGCUGACCUGGAAUUCCUCCUCCCCUCGCUGUCCCCUGCUUUGUGUCAGGCAAGAGGACACUGGUCAUCUCCUGGUGUUGGUGGCUGGCGCAGGAGCUCCCACCUGCCUUCCCUCAGCCCUCCCGUGCCGAGCUGGUGCCAGAGGUUGGGCUGUCUUAAAGGAGACCCUGCAUCUGAGCAAAACCAGGGGCCACUGGAGCAUCCCUUCCCUGUGGGGCUGGUUCAUGGGGUCCUGCUGUGCCCUGUGCCCUCAGCUGGGCUGCCUGUCCCACGAGGGGCCCUGCAGACACAGCCCUGCAAGGUCCUGCUCCUCCACCGGCUCAGCCAUCCCUGCUUAUGCUUUGAAGACGCACCUGCUUAGAAGAGAGGAGGGGGAAAAACCACUCCAGAGUGAUUGCAUCACUGCAGAGAGGGUCCUGAAUUCCCAAAAACCCCACUCCAGAGUGAUUGCAUCACUGCAGAGAGGGUCCUGAAUUCCACCGCGAGCUCGGCUUGGCGCCCAACCAGCGUGAAAAUGUUCAUUUACAGGCAUACCAUGGCACUUGUUGGCACUUCCAUCCGUUUCCCCUGCAGGUUGGCAGCUGUGGCUGAGCCCUGCUGCCGUUGUGGGUGGCACUGGUGUUUGUCCUGCAUGCGCUGGGGGGGGUGGCAGGGGGUGCACAGAGGGGAUCUGUUCCUUUCCCCCUGCCUGGUGAAAGUACAGAGACAUAACUGUGCAGUCACGGGGUUUGCAGAGAUGUGAGUGUUCCUUGUGUUCAUUAAAAACAGCCCGAUUCUUUCCUUGGGUGUGACAACAUGUGUCCUGCCAGCUGCUCUCAGGCACGGUCCUUGUUUUCCUCCUUCUUGCCAGUGGAUUCAUAAGUACACGUACCAGUGUUUCCUAAUCUCUGUCUUUGUUGGGAUAGCAGUCAGUGAGUAACACGGGGCUUUUGCUUCGUCCUGGCCUGGCAACUUGUCACUCACCUUCGUAAAACCCCAACUCAGAUGAUCCCAGUUCACAGCCUCACCCGUAGGAAUGGUGCCUUUGGUUUGCACAGAAGCACUAAGAGGAGUAGAAUAGGUGAUCUUUCAGCCUAAGAGAUGAUAGAUGUAUGUUGAAAAUAUAUUUUUUUUUUUGGUUUUUCUACACAAAGAUACCAUCACUUUUUUUUUUUCUUUUUUCUUUUUUUUAGUUUUAUAAGGUGAAAUUAAAGGUUGCUCCCAGUUCAUUGUGCUUUGAAAUAAACAGAGAUGUGUUCAUAGCGAGACAUUGGCUUCAUAAGUCAUAUCAUUCGUGUCUCUUCACAGUAGAGUUAGAAAAGAUCUUUUGUUUUUCUCGUGAAAACUCAAAAAUCUGGGUUAAGGUGGAGUUGUGGUUCAGCUGUUUGUAAUUAUCAGGCAAUAAUGUGUGUAACUGUCUGAUAAUGGUUUAUCAUUUUGUUGAGCCAAAACCUGUUUUGAUUAGUUUCUUAUUCCACUGUAGGGAGAUGUGAACUCUUGAUGUACCAAUUAGCUUCCCCUUUUGUGCCUGUGCAUUGCACACGAAUGUACAGCUUUGGUUUUGUGGUUAAAAGUGAGCCCAAGCACUGCAGAAAGCUGGGACAUCCCGUUUGCUUCCCCAGGGAACCACAGCCUGUGGUUCUGCCCAUUUUGGUGAGCCCUGGAAGUGAAACAGAGGCCACAGGGUGGGAUUAAAAGCACCAGCCUCUGAACUGCAGCUCCAGUGGAACCUUCUAGGGGUGAAUCUUCCCUGUCAGAGAAGAAAAUGCCCCAGAUUCAGGUGUUUUGUUUAUUUAGCCCCCCCAGCCCGUUGCUCCCAGCCUGAGCAUUUUCCUUUAUCUGGAGCAAAGGUGGGACCCAGGAUUUUGUCUGCUGGUACUUUCCCAUGUAGGCAGGGACAAGUUCAGCGUGUCUUCUCCAAGUCCCACAUUUCUUACUUUGUAAGUGGUGUGUCAGCCAAGUGUCACAUCAGUCCAUCAGUGCACAGCGCGUUCUUGUCACGUGAACUUAUGGAAGCCCAGUGUGACCUGUGAGCCUUGGUGUCUUCAUUUUAUUCUUUAACUUAAGAGUUAACGGUCUGUAAAAUAGUUCUGUACUGUCUGGGUGACACCAUCCUGUUUCAGAUAGUUCCAUAUUUUCUAACCCUUCAGAUGGAUCUUAGGAAAACUUGGGUUAGCAGCCACAUGAGCUCAUUUGGGUGCUGUUGUUUAUCCUGGAGGAACCCAGGGGAUGGUGGCACUGUAUUUGUGCAGCUACAUGGACAAAGAUUUUGGCUCAUUUAAUUAACUGUGUGCUUGGGUGGGAUCUCGUUUUGGCGUGGUGACAUCCUGUGUCAGCGUGGGGGGUAAGAUGCCACCUCCAAACAUCGCUGUCAUCAUAAUGUAUUGUGUCAGAAGUCUCUCAGAGUGGCACUCAGUGUCUGCAAUCGCCAGGAUAGGGGGAAAAAAACCAUGCAAAAUUAAACCAGAGGAUCCCCUGGAAGCACAAGAGCUUUGCUGCUGUGAUUGUUGAGUCUCUUUGUUCAGCUGUUAUCGGUGACAUGCCAAAUCCCACAUGUACAGCACGCACACAGCCUGUGCUGGAGGAGAUAAACUGGAGCCAAGGCAGCUGGAUUUGGGGCAAAUCCACCCCGUUUUGGGUCACCAUUCCCAGGUGUGAUGGUUUUAGUUACCUUGCAGGGUUGUUGUGAGAUAGUAGCUGAUAUAUCCAAAGCUUGGAAAACGCGUUUACUUUGUGGUGUUGUUACAAGGUUGUAUUUUUCUAUGGAGAAUUUAAUGUGUCUUGAUUUUUUUUGUUUACAUUCUCGAGAAAGAAGUCCUUAUUUAAAAAUAUCUCUGUAUAGUGAGUGAAGUCUCUUGCAUAGCCAACAUCCAGAGCUUUGGUAGCAGAAGCAGAAGGUGUUGGGCCUGAAGGUGCCACGUUUGUUGAUGCUCCUCCUGGUGUUGAACCACGUGCAGUUCAUUUUAAUACACUUGCCUUUCUUUUACCACUUGGCUGUACUUGUAAAGGCGAGGAUUUUCCUUUCCCAGCAGAAAGUACUACCAAAAUAAAGAUGGAUUGGAUUGUUAAA